GGCGGGCAGGUGGGCGGCUACCAGGUAACACGGGCCUGGCCCGGGAGGCUUGGGCGCGCGCAGCCGGCCGCGGUCACGCCAGGGACCCAGGGACGCGGGCAGGGGCGGCCGGCGGCGGCCGGGAGGCUGGGCGAGGGGCACCCCGCCUGUUCACCAUGGUCGAGAGACGCUUCUCUCGGUUCCUGCAGAAGCUCGCCUUCCGGGGCGCGGGCCACCUGUACGAGCCGCUGGAGAGGAGCGAGUUGGAAAUCUUGAUUGGUGGACAAUGUGAGCUGAAGGCCAUCGAGAAAGAGAAAACAGUGGUGGCUCUGUCACCCAAGGAGGCGAGCAAAUGCCACAGAGAGGACUUGGCCAGAGCGUUUCAUGUGGACUUACAGAACGGGCUGUCCGAGUUCUCGGUGUCGCAACGCAGGCUGGUCCAUGGCUGGAAUGAGUUUGUCGCCGAUAACACCGAGCCCGUGUGGAGGAAAUACCUCGAUCAGUUUAAGAACCCCCUGAUCCUGCUCCUCCUGGCCUCCGCCUUGGUGAGCAUCCUCACGAAGGAGUAUGAGGACGCCGUCAGUAUCGCCAUGGCGGUGCUUAUCGUGGUGACUGUCGCCUUCAUCCAGGAAUACAGAUCUGAAAAAUCGUUGGAGGAGUUGACCAAGCUGGUCCCUCCCGAAUGUAACUGCAUCAGAGAAGGAAAACUUCAGCAUUUGCUUGCGCGAGACCUGGUUCCCGGAGACAUCGUGUCUCUCUCGAUCGGAGACCGGAUCCCCGCAGACAUCCGUCUCACUGAGGUCACAGACCUCCUGGUGGAUGAAUCCAGUUUCACAGGAGAAGCGGAGCCGUGCAGUAAGACGGACGGCCCGCUGACGGACGGAGGGGACCUCACCACUCUGAGCAACAUCGUCUUCAUGGGGACCCUGGUGCAGUACGGGAAGGGGCAGGGAGUUGUGAUCGGAACAGGGGAGAGGUCCCAGUUCGGGGAAGUGUUUAAGAUGAUGCAGGCUGAAGAGACGCCGAAAACCCCGCUACAGAAAAGCAUGGACAAGCUGGGGAAGCAGCUGACACUCUUCUCGUUCGGCAUAAUUGGCUUAAUCAUGUUCACGGGCUGGCUGCAAGGAAAACAGCUUCUCAGCAUGUUCACGAUUGGGGUCAGCCUGGCGGUGGCUGCCAUUCCAGAGGGUCUGCCCAUCGUCGUCACGGUUACGCUGGUCCUGGGGGUGCUGCGGAUGGCCAAGAAGCGGGUCAUUGUGAAGAAGUUACCGAUCGUGGAGACGUUAGGUUGCUGCAGUGUUAUCUGCUCCGAUAAGACAGGGACUCUGACGGCCAACGAAAUGACGGUCACCCAGCUGGUAACGUCCGAUGGGCUCCACGCCGAGGUCAGCGGAGUUGGCUAUAACGGCAAAGGGACUGUGUGUCUGUUACCCUCAAAGGAGGUCGUUAAGGAGUUUAACAACGUCUCGGUGGGGAAAUUAGUAGAGGCAGGCUGUGUGGCCAACAACGCCAUCAUCAGAAAAAACGCCGUGAUGGGGCAGCCCACGGAAGGCGCCCUGAUCGCCCUGGCAAUGAAGAUGGGCUUGGCUGAUGUUAAAGAUUCCUACGUGAGAAAAAAGGAGAUUCCGUUCAGCUCGGAGCAGAGGUGGAUGGCAGUGAAAUGCAGCCCCAAGACUGUGGACCAGGAAGACAUUUACUUCAUGAAGGGGGCCUUCGAAGAGGUGAUUAAUCACUGUACCUCGUACAACAACGGAGGCCUCUCCCUGCCCCUGACGCCCCAGCAGACAGCCUUGUGUCAGCACGAGGAAAAGAGGAUGGGGUCGCUCGGCCUGCGGGUGCUGGCCCUGGCUUCCGGACCCGAGCUGGGGAGGCUGACUUUUCUGGGUCUCGUUGGAAUCAUCGAUCCUCCGAGGGCCGGCGUGAAGGAAGUGGUGCAGGUUCUCCGCCAGUCGGGCGUGUCCGUGACGAUGAUAACGGGAGAUGCUCUGGAGACCGCCUCUGCUAUAGGAAGGAGUAUUGGCCUGUGCAAUGGGAAGCUGAAAGCCAUGUCCGGGGAGGAGGUGGAGAGCACGGGGCAGGACGAGCUGGCUGGCUGUGUCGGGAAGGUUUCUGUCUUCUUCAGGACCAGCCCAAAGCACAAGCUCAAAAUCAUAAAGGCUUUGCAGGAGUCGGGGGCAGUCGUGGCCAUGACGGGGGACGGGGUGAACGACGCGGUCGCCCUGAAGUCUGCGGACAUUGGGAUCGCCAUGGGGCAGACAGGGACAGAUGUCAGCAAAGAGGCUGCCAACGUGAUCCUGGUGGAUGAUGACUUCUCGGCCAUCAUGAACGCGGUGGAGGAAGGCAAGGGGAUUUUUCAUAACAUCAAAAACUUCGUGCGGUUUCAGCUGAGCACGAGCAUCUCGGCCCUGAGCCUCAUCACUCUGUCCACCGUGUGCGACCUGCCCAGCCCGCUCAACGCCAUGCAGAUCCUGUGGAUCAACAUCAUCAUGGACGGGCCACCGGCGCAGAGCUUGGGGGUAGAGCCGGUUGACAAAGAUGCCCUCCGACAGCCACCGCGGAACGUCAAGGACACGAUUCUCGGCAAAGCCCUGAUCCUGAAAAUCCUCCUGUCGGCUGCUGUCAUCAUCAGCGGGACCCUCUUUAUCUUCUGGAAAGAGAUCCCCGCAGACAAGGCGAGCACCCCGCGUACCACGACCAUGACCUUCACCUGCUUUGUGUUCUUCGACCUCUUCAACGCCUUGACCUGCCGCUCUCAGACCAAGCUGAUAUUUGAGAUGGGCUUUCUGCGGAACCCCAUGUUCCUGUACUCGGUGCUGGGCUCCAUUCUGGGCCAGCUGGCCGUGAUUUACAUCCCGCCCCUGCAGAAGAUCUUCCAGACGGAGAACCUGGGUGCCCUCGACUUGUUGCUUUUAACCGCACUGGCUUCAUCCGUGUUCAUUUUGUCAGAGCUGCUCAAACUAUGCGAAAAGUUCUGUUCCAGAGCCGAGAAAGCCCAGGUUCACCAGGAAGAUGCAUAGCAGCCCCCACCUGCGUCCAACCCCUCAAUAAUCUAUAUUUUUAUCUGACUGUGGCCCUCCCCUUGCCCCCCUCCCGAGGCACGCUUUUAGGACACCGUGCGGUAGGUCCCUCACCUGAUCUGCUUCUUGGGAAACCGGCAGGAAGCCUGGGCCCGGGCCCGCGUCCACCCCAACCUCUCCGGCUGAGCUCUGGAGACCGCACGGCAACACCUUGCUAUUUAUUAAAUCACAGUGAUUUUUCUUAA